UUGGGGCGGGGUUUCGAUUUGGGUUUCAAUUUCGUAUGUAGGAAAAUCUAUGCAAGUUAUCACUAUCAUGCGCAGCGAAUUAAAGUUGUUAUAUACCACCGCACCUUCGAAUCGCGUCACUCACUUCGCGCCGUUCACCAACUGAAAGAGAUAUCCGAAAGUGUACAAGAUUUUUUUGGACGAGGGGUUCCAAAUCCAGACUUUGAAGGCGAAACUGAUCAUAUCAGAAGGAUAUGAAGAUCCUCCUGUUGCUUUCCAUCCUGAUGGCUUACGUAGCCUCUGGAUAUGCCAUUACCUGUACAAAAUGCUUCGAGUUAACUUCUCGCGACCCAACCUUCCCACUGCCCGCGGACCCCAGUCUAAUACCUUGUUCGAACCCUGGUGAGAUGGUGUGUGAUGGAGGCGUCACUAGCUGUAUGACCACGACAAUAAUAACGCACUAUAGUCGUGACGCUGGUCCACUUACGGUGAUGCAGAAGGCUCGCGAAUGCGGACCUCCUUUCGCUGGUUUCCUUCCAUCUGGAGACACCUGCGCGGGAGAAGCCAUCACCGCAGCCAUGACAAGUCAUAUUGACCCGAAUACGACGGUUCCAGCUGGAUCUGGACUGACGUUCGAGGACUUUGAGGCCAGUAUCUGCAGCUGUGACAGCUCCGACAGAUGUACCCCGCCCUCUGCGGCAACCAUUGGUAACCCACAACCACAAGGAUCUGCUAUUACCUGUACGAAAUGCUCCGAGGUAACUUCUCGAGACCCAACCUUCCCAUUGCCCGUGGACCCCACUCAAAUACCUUGUUCGAACCCUGGUGAGAUGGCGUGUGAUGUAGGCGUCACUAGUUGUAUGACGAUGACGAUGACGAUGCACUUUAGUCGUGACGCUGGUCCACUUACGGUGAUGCAGAUGGCUCGCGACUGCGCACCUCCGUUAGCUGGUUUCCUUCCAUCUGGAGACACCUGCGCGGAAGAAGCCAUCACCGAUGUCAUCGCCAGUCAAUUUGAUCCGAAUACGUUGUUUCCACCUGGAUUAGGGCUAUCGUUCGAGGACCUUGAGACCAGUAUCUGCGUCUGUGACAGCUCCGACAGAUGUACCCCGCCCUCUGCGGCAACCAUUGGUAACCCACAACCACAAGGAUCUGCUAUUACCUGUACGAAAUGCUCCGAGGUAACUUCUCGAGACCCAACCUUCCCAUUACCCGUGGACCCCAGUCAAAUACCUUGUUCGAACCCUGUUGAGAUAGUGUGUGAUGAAGGCGUCACUAGCUGUAUGACGAUGACAAUAAUAACGCACUUUAGUCGUGACGCUGGUCCACUUACGGUGAUGCAGAAGGCUCGCGAAUGCGGACCUCCGUUCGCUGGUUUCCUUCCAUCUGGAGACACCUGUGCGGAUGAAGCCAUCACCGCAACCAUCACACGUCAAAUUGACCCGAAUACGUUGGUUCCACCUGGAGUUGGGCUGACGUUCGAGGACUUUGAGGCCAGUAUCUGCAGCUGUGACAGCUCCGACAGAUGUACCCCGCCCUCUGCGACAACUAAUGGUUACCCACAACCUGAAGCAACAACUAGUGCUGUUGGAGAAGAACAAUCCAUCACUGACAUACGCUUGGUUGGUGGAGAUAGCGAUUUUGAAGGAAGGGUAGAGAUUGAACACGAUGGCGAAUGGGGAACCAUCUGCGAUGACUCAUGGGAUUUGGACGAUGCCACGGUAGUCUGUAUAAUGCUUGGAUUCGAUGGGGCGUCUGGCGCUCCUCGCUACGCCCAAUUUGGAGAAGGUUCGGGUCCUAUUCUUCUGGAUGAUGUCCUGUGCACAGGGGACGAAGCCACUCUGACUGAUUGUUCACACCAACCUUUUGGACAACACAACUGUGGCCACACUGAAGAUGCAGGAGUCAUUUGUUAUACCAUAGAUACGGCGAUGCCCUCUGUUCGAUUGAUUGGUGGAAGUUCUAUCAACGAGGGAAGAGUUGAAGUCCUGUACGAUGGACGAUGGGGAACUGUCUGUGACGACUACUGGGGUCCAGAGGAUGCCGGCGUUGCCUGCAGGAUGAUGGGCUACGAUGGGGCAUCCGAGGCACCAGGCUCAGCUCGGUUCGGCCAAGGUUCGGGUCCUAUCUGGCUUGAUGAUGUGAUGUGCUCGGGGGAAGAGACCGACUUAGCUGACUGUCCGCAUCAGGCGUUUGGAACUAACAACUGUGGUCAUUAUGAAGAUGCAGGGGCCGUCUGCUCUUUUACAGGAACGUCGGCGCCCACCGUACGUUUGGUUGAUGGCAGCUCUGACAACGAAGGACGAGUUGAAAUUCUGUACGGUGGACAAUGGGGUACUGUCUGUGAUGACUAUUGGGGUCUGGAUGAUGCCGGCGUUGUCUGCAGAAUGCUGGGCUUUGGUGGGGCGUUCGAGGCACCGGGCUAUGCUCGGUUCGGGCAAGGUUCGGGUACUAUCUGGCUUGAUGAUGUGAUGUGCUCAGGAGAAGAGACCGACUUAGCUGAUUGUCCGCAUCCAGCGUUUGGAACUCAAAACUGUGGUCAUUAUGAAGAUGCAGGAGCCGUCUGCUCUUUAACAGGUUAAUAUAACAAUCCAUUAAGGCUUUGCAACUUUACAAUUUGUCUCGUUCUCUACCGUAAUCAGCUUUACUGAGCUUACUGAGCAUUAAAAGAAAUAUAAGACUGAACCAGGCAAAUUUAGAUAUUCCACUUCCUCAAUUCUAGCAUGGUUGUCUUCAUUGCACCGUAUUUAAGCAAUUAUGUUAUUGGUAUACACUUCUUCCCUUUUCCGUACAUCUAGUAUUAUUUUAUCCAAAACCCACUGAGACUUUUACUAGAUACAUGUUCACGAAAGCUAUGUAAUCAGUAUUCAUCCAGGCACGUUUGAUACAUUCUAUUGAACACAGGUGUAGGUAAUCCUUCGAAGAGGGUAAACAAAGACUCACCUUCAUGACUUCAGCUGGAUUAUUCCAAAAAUGGGAUUUAUCUAAGUUUAAAAGAUCUGUGGAUUUUUGAGUUUUCUGAACCAUGUGCUAACUACGAACUGGUCUAUUCUUAUUGUAUUAGUUAAGUGUUGUUUUUUUGAGCGAAUUUGUACUAAGGUUGUAGAGUAAUCAUGUACUUUUAAGAAUGCUAUCAGUUGCCUGAUGAUCGCUUGCAAGGCAUGAAACUUGGAGUAGCAACCAUGUUCCAUUAGUCUGUCUUAUUCAAUUUGUUUUACUCUGCCUAGGCAUUCAGCACUGUACGAAAGGAAAUAGCAAACCUAAGUAUAUCUCUCUAUUAUGUAUAUAUUUACGUACUGAUCUCUUUUAUUUGUAGUUCUAUAACUGAAGGGUAGCAUUAUCAGUUUAAAAACUGCUUUCACAUCGACCCUAUUGGCCUAGACAACAAUAUAAUUACAUAUUUCAAUUUGGUGUAUGUGUACAUGUACCCUAUAAUGAUUUAAGGUAAACUAAGUAUCAUCCUUCAGCAAUAAUUUCUCCCCUUGACAAGGAUUUAAAGGGCUUGUAUUAUCUUCUCAGUCGUUUUCUAAUUCAUGUAUUAUUCUUGAAUUAACAGCUUGAUGUUUGUAGUGCUGGUAGAACUCUGUGUAUCAAUUCUAUAAUAUAUAAAGUCAUUGUUAAAAAAACAUUGAGCUUAUUAAACUAUCAUUGUAUCGGGA